CCGCACGUUCACCUCAGUUAUCGUGGACAUUUUCAUAUGAUCAGCAUCGUGAGUUGUGGACAAAGACUGUGUUUCAGUAUGGGUCAGAUUCAAAGCGAUGAAGAUAAAGAAGUGGAACUAUCAGACAUCCAGCCUCUUUAUACCAAAUUCAUGAGAGAGUGCCCAAGUGGAGCCCUGCAUCUUCACGAAUUCCGCAAGAUCUUCGGGAUUCAGAGCACAUCAGAAGACGAGGCUUUGUACAUAGAAACCCUCUUCAAAUCUUUUGACACAAACAGGGAUGAUGUUAUAGACUUCAUGGAAUUUGUAGCAGCCGUCCACCUGGUUCUGAGAGGCAAACUGGAGGACAGACUGAAAUGGUCUUUUAAAGUUUACGACAAAGAUGACAACGGAAAAUUGGACAGGCAAGAGGUCAAACGUGUUAUAAAGAUUAUUUGCCAACUUCAGAGAAACCACAUCAACAUGACACCCGGUGACAUUUGCGACAGGAUAUUUGAACAUUUGGAUGAAAACAAAGAUGGUCAAAUUUCCCUGUCAGAGUUCAUGGAAGGGGCGAAAAAAGAUGCCUCGAUUAUGGACCUCUUAAAACUGGACACUAAUGCACGUGGCUGGUUCAGGAAAAACUGGGCGAAAAAAACAGAGUUUUCAUGA